AUGCAAAAUAGGAUACAUACGGGCUUCGCCCUCCGACACAACGGGUCUUGUCCCGCUGGGAACAUAAAUUGCGGGACCACAGUCGCGCCGUUUCGUGGCUGCUGUCCAUCUGGCUAUGCCUGUCCGCACCAAUACAAUCUUGCCUGCUGUCCGUCGGGUCAGAAUUGCACUGCGACGCUCCUAGCUGACGCACACUGCGCAAAUGAUAGCUGGGACAUGUACGACAAUGGCGGCUACUUCUGCUGCCAGAAAGACGAAGUGGGAUAUGCGGAGACGGCGACGGGUAGUAAUGGGUGUGCGCGGCCGGGCUACAAUACGACUGAUGAUGAGUUGCAGCUGAGGAUAGUGUCGACGGGACAAGUGUCUUCCUCCACCAGCGCUACGUCUACGACCAGUUCGACAUCCACGUCAAGCCCAACACCAACACCUAGUUCAACGCCUACGACAAGUCCCUCCAAAGAAUCAAACACAGGGGCAAUCGCAGGAGGCGUGGUCGGCGGAGUGGUCGGGCUCACUCUUCUAGUCGCCAUUGUCUGGUUCCUCCUCCGCAGAAAGCGGAAACAGGCAAAGGCCAGCAUGGCUGGUAGCACGGUAUACAGCGAACUUAACGGAGUGAAUACGCUGCAUGAAGCGGGUGGGCGCGAGGUACAGCAAAAGUAUGGACAUACCGCACCUCAUGAGACACUUGAACUUGAUAGCAGGACCUUUGCCGAGUUGCCAGCAUCGUGA